AUGAGUGGCUUUGGUGCGGCGAUGGGGGCAGCUUCUGGCAACAGCGGCUUUGGUCAGCAACUGCCUACUGGUGCUGCGGUCGGAUUUGGAGGAAAUACCGCUAUGGGAGGCGGAGAUAUGGCUGCUGCUCCAUUCGGUGGAAAUACAGGUGUCACACAGGGUUUUGGGACUACAAAUACAGCAGCAUUCGGGACCGCUCAGGCUGGUGCUGGCUUCGGUGCCCCGUCAAAUGCAGGAACAUUUGGCAACGCCCCAGCUGCCGGUGGGUUCGGCGCAGCGGCUAACACAGCGGCUCCUGCUACUGGGGGAUUUGGUACUGCUGGAGGAUUUGGCGCAGCGGCUAAUACAGCAGCUCCCGCUACUGGAGGAUUUGGUACUGCCGGUGGAUUUGGCGCAGCAACCAACACAGCAGCUCCUGCUACUGGUGGAUUUGGUACUGCUGGAGGAUUUGGCGCAGCGGCUAAUACAGCAGCUCCACCUUCCGGGGGAUUUGGUACUGCCGGUGGGUUCGGCGCAGCAACCAACACAGCAGCUCCUGCUACUGGAGGAUUUGGUACUGCUGGAGGGUUUGGUGCAGCAGCUAAUACAGCAGCCCCUGCAGCUGGUGGGUUUGGUACUGCCGGUGGAUUUGGCGCAGCAACCAACACAGCAGCUCCUGCUACUGGGGGAUUUGGUACUGCUGGAGGGUUUGGUGCAGCAGCUAAUACAGCAGCCCCUGCAGCUGGUGGGUUUGGUACUGCCGGUGGAUUUGGCGCAGCAGCCAACACAGCAGCUCCCGGUACUGGAGGGUUUGGUGCAGCAGCUAAUACAGCAGCCCCUGCAGCUGGUGGGUUUGGUACUGCCGGUGGAUUUGGCGCGGCAGCCAACACAGCAGCUCCUGCUACUGGAGGAUUUGGUACAGCAGCCAACACAGCAGCUCCCGGUACUGGAGGGUUUGGUGCGGCAGCUAAUACAGCAGCCCCUGCAGCUGGUGGGUUUGGUACUGCCGGUGGGUUUGGCGCGGCAGCUAAUACAGCAGCUCCCGCUACUGGUGGGUUUGGCACAGCAGCUAAUACAGCAGCUCCUGCAGCUGGUGGGUUUGGCACAGCAGCUAAUACAGCAGCUCCCGCUACCGGUGGGUUUGGCGCAGCAACCAACACAACAGCUCCUGCUACCGGUGGAUUUGGUGCUGCAGCCACAGGCACUGCAUCUAGCACAGCAGCUCCCGCUACUGGGGGAUUUGGCGCAGCAGCUAAUACAACAGGUCCCGCUACUGGAGGAUUUGGGGCUGCAGCUAACACGACAGCUCCCGCUACCGGUGGGUUUGGCGCAGCAACCAACACGACAGCUCCUGCUCCUGGUGGAUUUGGUGCUGCAGCCACAGGCACUGCAUCUAGCACAGCAGCUCCCGCUACUGGGGGAUUUGGCGCAGCAGCUAAUACAACAGGUCCCGCUACUGGAGGAUUUGGGGCUGCAGCUAACACGACAGCUCCUGCUACCGGUGGAUUUGGGGCUGCAGCCACAGGCAGUGCAUCUAGCACAGCAGGUCCUGCUACUGGGGGAUUUGGUGCUGCAGCCACAGGCACUGCAUCUAGCACAGCAGCUCCCACCACCGGGGGAUUUGGGGCAGCAACUAACACAGCAGCACCCGCUACUGGGGGAUUUGGUGCUGCAGCAACAGGCACUGCAUCUAGCACAGCAGCUCCCGCUACUGGGGGAUUUGGUACAGCAGCUAACACGGCAGCUCCUGCUCCUGGUGGGUUUGGCGCAGCAACUAGCACAACAACUCCUGCUACCGGUCCGUUUGGUACUACAACAACGGGCACUGCAUCUAGCACAGCAGCACCCGCUACUGGUGGGUUUGGUGGUUUUGGUGCGACUCCUGCAGCAGGAGCAGGGGAAAAGAAAUUGGGGACUGGUACGACUAGUGGUACUAGCAUAGCUGCUGCCCCUGGCAGUGGGGGAAUCGGUUUUGGUAGUUCGGUUGCUGGGGGUCCAGCGAGUACUACAGGAGAAACGGCAAACGCUACAAAUCCGGGUCUGACAGCGAUGAAGAGUGAUACCGGGGUGGGUAUGCGUAAACCGGCUUCUGAAGAGCUUAAAGGAAAAAUGCUUUCCUCCAUUCUUGCACAAUUUGAUGAGUCCUUUUCUAGGGACUACCAUGACUUUCACAGACUCUCACAACUCAUGCUGGUGCGAGAUCGACAAAUCGUUGAGCGUGGAGAUGAAAUUCUCGCGUGUAGGGCCUAUCUGGAUGCUGCUAUCUCCUCCGCAGAGGCCUCGAAACAGGCAUUUGCUGAGCUAAAGAACAAGCAGAAUGCAAUUACGGCAAUGAUGCAGCGUUUAGAGGACGCCGUUAAACCUAUAUAUGCAAAGGUACAGCCACAAUUCACGAAGGCAGACGAAGCGCGUGAGGCGACAUAUGCUUCGGCGAUUAGCCUUUUCGAUGAAGUUGAGGCACUACGGUUACGGCUGCUGCAGUGUGUGGGACAGCACAACCGUUCACUCCGGCAGUUACGCGAGAGUGACGACUUGGAGAAAGUUGCUGGUCUCGUUGACUACCAGCUGAGUGCACUGGAAACCUGUGCAGGGAAGGCCGAGGAAUUGGAACACGAGAUCGAUUUAUUGUUGGGGAAGCCACCGGCAAUGUGA